AUGAGCAGUGGCGGCGACAGAGGUGUGCGUUCGAUUCGACUGCAAGGUGUACUGGAAAAAUUGAAAGAACGCGAAUUCCCAUGGACGCUUACCAGCAGAAAACACUCUGUAAAUUACUGUGAUUUAUCCUACGCUUUUGGGAAAACUGGAGGGCAGCUGCUGCCAUGUUUUCAUCCUCUUUUUUCGGUAUACGAACGGUUUCAGGCAACUUGGGUGUUGCGCUUCUAUGUUCUUCGACAUGCUGACACGUCUGAUCCGGAUGCUUUUGUCCUAGAACAGCACGAGGACGAUACGUUUUAUUCGAAAGUGCGGAAAACACUGGAUUUGCGGCGUGUUGUACAGGUGGACACAAAUAUAACGUUGAAAGUUGGAAGCCAAAGCUGGAUUAUUGCCAUUCAUUACAAAUCGAAACGCGACAAAUUGAAGGUUUCCUUCGGAAAAGGCGGCUUUCCAAGUGAAUUUUUGCGAUUUUUACUUGCUAUGCAGAUACCAUUUUUCCUCCGAUUCCGACUAAUAACGAUUAUUCAAACGAUGACAGUAGCAUUGAGGUACGUUUUUCUUUUUCCAUAG